AUGUUUUUCAUUCGUAAGCGGUACUUUGGCUUUUCCCAUGGGUUGGGAAUAUCAGGCGUCAUCCACAGGCGCCUGUUGAAGGAGGUUCCCAAUUGCGCCUUUCAGAGAAGACCAUUCAGCACGAAAAACUUCUACGAAAUUCUAAACGUUCCACGAAACAGUAGUAAAAAUGAAAUAAAGCAAGCGUAUCGAAAGCUAGCCCUGAAGUAUCACCCAGACAGGAAUCCAAACAAUAGGAAGGAAUCGGAGAAAAUGUUUAGGGAAAUAACAGAAGCAUAUGAGACCUUAAGUGAUGAAAAUAAAAAACGGAUGUAUGAUAGUCAAUUGAAUAAUGGCUUCUCCUCUGGCCACUUUGAAAACAACUACACCAACACGAAUAGUAAUACCGGAACAAAUUACGCUUACCAGACGAGGAGAAUGACUGAUGAGGAAAUUGAGAAGGUCUUCAAGAAUGUCUUUGGCACCAUGAACCUUAAUGAUAUUUUUAAAUCCAACCUUUUUGGGGAGGGCAAUUUCUCUCCCAGAGGGAUGGAGAAUGAUUUUUUCACAAAAUUCGGAGUACCGGGAUCCUACCGGAGCAACAGUGACAAUAUAAAACAGACGAACAUAAAAACGGAGAUAAUACCACGAGGGAAAAAAAUAAUUGAAAAGACAACAAAAAUAAUUACCUACCACAAUGGGGUUGUGAAGCAGGAAAUCACGGAGCGAGAGAUAAGCGGCAACAGCAAAGAAUACGAUGACAUGUCUGAUUUUGAUAUUUUCUACAAAAGUAAUUUUAACAAGGUAGAUCCUCGUGCCCGUCGAAGUGAAUUCAUUGAUUAUGCAAACAGCGAGAAAGGAAAAAAAAUGGUGAAACAAGUUGUACGAUAUGGAUACGGAAUCAUCUCCAUCGCCAUGAGAAGGAUCCUUGUUAAUAUUGUUAUACAAGUUAUUCGAAGGAUCGUACAAGGCCUCAUCCACAUGCUACGACGGAGAUGA